UGUAGACCCAACUAGAGACACCUGUUGAGUUUCUCAUUCUCCAUUUGACCCAUCACACAAUUGACCUCUCUCAACACUUCUCCGGUCGCCGUCGCCUCCUCCCAAUGCUGCCAUCGAGAUUCUCAGCCCAUGGCACUGCCAACUCGUGCGCCAACACUACCGAAGAUCUUCAAAUCUUCCAUAUCACAGCUAGAUUGGGUCGCUUGGGUUACUAUCGUCGAGGUUUCAAUCUCCGCCGUCCACAGAUGUCCGGGUCGUUGAAUCAAAAAUCCUCGAAGACGAGCACGAGUUGCUCGCACUGGAAAUCGACGAGCUUCUUAUCCUUCCCUUCGUUGUUCAGCCAUGUCAAUAGAGACAUGAGGUCACUCGGCGCUCUGGUGACGAAACAAGUGAUGUUACCGGCGACAAACCACAACUGGAUGCUACAACAGAUUCAAGCAUUUGCUCAGGAGAGAAGGGGCAUCUGAAGUGGUAUGGAAUCGGAAUUUGAACUCCAAAAUCCACGUGGUUAAAGCUUUAGUCCCACUCAGCGGAAAAAUUUAGCCACUUAGAUACAGUGGUCAAACGUAGCUGCCCCUCAAAGUUAAUGGCCGGGCAACAUUGUUUUGAUUUUGAAAGUUUUGAUUGACAUUGUUCCAACAAACAAGUUUAAGAUAACAGACAUUCUUUGU